AUGUACAUAAGUGUUGGACUAAUACUAACCCCUGUUGCUCCGUAUGUUGGAUUACAGUUGCUUAUGAAUUCUGUUAGCUCGGGUAUCUCUGCAAUGGAAAGGGGAGCAAGAGAAAUCGCUGAUGAAGUAGAUGGAGAUGUUUACUUAGUAUACUAUGAUCUUGAUUCUUUUGGUGCAUUCUUUUUAAAUUACUUAACUCCUGAAGAUACUUAAAUAAGCUCAUUCUCAGCUAGAGCUAAUAAAAGGUUUGCUCAUUGUAAAGCUUGGUUUUCAACAGGCCCUAUUUCUUAUGUCACAUUUGAAAUAUCAGCAGAUAAGAAUACAGGUAUAAUUGCAACUAAAUGA